AUGAUGUUGAAGACUUAACGAUUAUACCUAAUUGAACUCUAGCGUUAAGUACUCUACUACUGUACCUCAUGUAGUAGCGCCCCGAUAAAGCAUCAAAUGAAUAAUUCUAUCUAAGAAUAAGAAUCUAACUUCGCUAGACAAGCAUUCUUUUUCAAGGAUGUAAUGUUGCUUGAAACGAAGAAUUAGCAUUUCAAGAAAGUACUUUUCUAAAUUGAUGCUUGGUAGUAUUGUAGGAAAAGAGUCCCGUAAAUUGGUUAGUUAUCGUCCCAUCUAAAUAUGCUACCAUAUAAAAUGAACUCAUCAAAUCUUAAUUUUCUUCUACAGUCCAAAAAGGAAGAAAUUAAAAAUGAGUUUCAUUCAAUAGCCUCACGUCAAACAUGGUAGCAUAGUCCCGAAUGUGAUUAAAAAAGGUUCUCAAAAAGAGAAAAGGACUCUUACUUCCUCAAAAGAGUCGACUCUGGGAUUGCACAUAAAGGUUUCUAAUUCAAUGAAAACGACACUUACAGAUACACAUACUGGACUUAAGGAUAAUCUGAGUAUUCCUAAUUUCUGAGCUCAAAAGAAUGA